CUCGUAAGUACAGAUCCAAAACGAGUAAGUCCUUGACUCCCAGUCCAAUUCUUCUCUCUUAAAACUUUAAAAGCAAUGGAGAAUCUAUGGCGAGCCGCAACGCGUCAGGAUCCGAAUCCGGAAGACUACGAAGGCGUCGAUUUCUGGACCAACCCCGAACGAGCUGGUUGGUUAACAAAACAAGGCGAUUACAUCAAAACCUGGCGACGCCGGUGGUUUGUUUUGAAGCGAGGCAAGUUGUUAUGGUUCAAGGACCCUGGCUCCGUCACCCGCACCUCCGCUCCACGCGGCGUUGUAUCGGUGGACCUUUGCCUCACUGUCAAGGGAGCCGAGGAUACCGUCAAAAAGGCCUUCGCUUUCGAGCUCUCCACUCGAGAUUCAACCAUGUAUUUCGUCGCCGAUACGGGGAAGGACAGAGAGGAUUGGAUCAAUUCCAUCGGUCGUUCCAUCGUCCAACAUUCACGAUCCGUUACCGAUUCCGAGGUGGUCGAUUACGAUAGCAAGACCCGGUAAAUGUGCUUCAAAUUUCCCCUCUUUUAAUUCUGAUGUUUCGUUUUUGUAAUAUCAAUCUGAGCUUGUCUUGUAUCAAUAAAGUUGGUUGCUUCGGCUUCUUUUUGUGCUUA